AUGGCGCCCAACGUGUCCUCUUCCAGGACACAACUGUCUUACCCCCUCUACGCCGCCGACUUUGACCCUCUCAACCCAGAUUUCCUGCUCGUCGGCGGAGGCGGAGGCUCAUCAUCGACCGGCGUUCCCAACAAAAUCUCCCUCAUCGACACGUCCCAACGGAACGAGUUGAAGGAGGUCAUUGAUAUCGAACUUGCCAGCAAUGAAGACUCCGUUACGAGUCUCGCGAUUGCUGAUUCGUCCGCCGCAUCAUUGACUGCGUUCGCUGGCAUCAACAGCUCUGUUGCCGACCAGAAUGCGGGAAGGAAUGAGCAUCUGAGAUCGUUCAGGAUUGGGCUGCCCGCACGGAAAAGGAGGGCUGAUGGCAGCACCGUGGUUGGAGAUGGAGAGAAACCGCUGGCUCCAGCCCAAGACUCACAGCCACUGGGCCGGACCGCAUUAUUCAGGUCUGCGACAACUACCAAAAACGACACAUACCAGAGAGUUCUACGGUUUUCCCCUCCCCAGAAAACUGGCCAACCGCGACUCGCAGCUAUCGCGUCUGGACUUGCACCAAACAACGAAGUGAUAGUGUUCCGCCCAAAUCCAAAACCUGCGCCGGAUGAUGAGGUUUCUCGCAUCGAGCUUGGCAGUCGUGAGGCAGGGGACGUAGAUUUGACAAUGGAGGAUGGCGAGAAGGGUGGCUACCUGCUUGCGUAUUGUACGGAUGACGAAGUGUUUCUGCAGCAGCUUCCGCCUUCGUCCAAACCCGAUGUCCCGACCUCUCUUUUCCGGGCUUCUGAAAUAUCCAGGUCGCUGCCUCCCUCGCAGCGACCCAAAUUUCGAGCUUUGCGCUUUCUAACCCCUCGCCAUCUACUACUUCUCAGGAAUCGACCGUCACGAACGGGGGCAGAUCUAUUAGUUCUUCGAAUCAGUCAGGAUUGUUCGCAAGCCCGCAUCUCCCUGCGCAAACAGCUCAAUAAAUCUAUCAAAGCGGCAGUUGGACUGGAUGUGUGUGGCCUGACCGAGUCGGAGCAAGGCGAGAAGCAGUUCGCGAUUGGAGUAGCAGGACAGUCUGGAGAGGACAGCUCGAUAGAGGUGUUGGCGCUCGACUGCUCGCCGGAGGCUGGACUGGGAUUUUUCAGAUCAUACGCAUUCUUCAAAGCUGUCCAUAAUGGGCCUCUUACUCGACUUGUCUUCUCGAGCUUUAUCGGACCAACCCUUCCCGUCACCAAAUCAGUUGGACCUCAGUCCCUUCGCCUGGCCUCUGUAGGCGUUGACAAAUGUGUCGUGGUCCAUUACCUUCCUCUCCGUCCUUUCUCCGCAACCUCAGCCAAGACGCCACGAUACGUGCUCAUCCCUCCAGGCCGCUCCGAGGCGGUGCAGACAUCAUUCAGCGUUUUCUUCGCGCUUGUGGUCGUUGGCCUUGUUGCAUUCCUUAUGCAGGCAUUCUGCGAGAUCCGAGGCGUCGUACCGCCCAUCCUCGGCGCCCCGGGUUGGCUGUCACCGCGCAUGCGCGAACUUGUUGCCCGACCCUAUAUUUUCGCGGACAGGAUAAGUUCCGCCGCAUCAGAUGUUCCUAUCGCAGCACACAGUGCCACGGAGAAGCUCAAAACUUCCGCCGACGAAAUGACCUCUACCCUCUCUUCUGCAUUAUCGUCAGCAACUGACUCACUAAAGAACCUUGUAGAGGAGAACUCCAACCUGGAAACCCCAAAAGCCAUUAUCGUGCGAGAGCAGCCUAUGGGCGAAAUCUCAACCGAAAUUCUACAGUCGGAUGCCGAGCUGCUAAAGCAGGAGACGCUGAAGAAAUGGGAGCAACUCAGUGAGGCGCAGAAGAAGGGUUGGAAGCGCAGGUUGAUCGACGCGGGCCACUGGGCAGAGCACCAGGGCGAGAAUGUGCUGAAGGGCAUCUUGUUUUCAGAGUUAGCCGGGGCCGUAGGGAAUAUGGUUGGUGGGGGAUAA